GAAGAAACUCUACCAGCUUUACUCCGUAACUAGAGCUAAUCACCGUGACACGUGACACGUGCCACUUAACCCCCCUGCCAGUCGCGAUUGAUAACUAACUUUUUGUGAUAGUGACAUCAUCGUCAUGGGCAGUCGUAACCAGGUCGUCAACAUCCACUAUUCUCGAUUUGCAAACUCUUCGGAGCCCAGACUGGGUAUGUUGAGGGUCGGAUCCUGAGAGCGAUAUAUCUCAUAUUAAAGGACUGCCACUUGUAAUGAGAAGAAGAGUGCGCCAUGGCUCCGCCCGCUCCCAGAGGCUUUUCAAUCCCAGUUGCGCCUACUCGCGGAAACAGGAUGCGCGCUAUAGCAGGGGAAGAAAAAUCGCCAUCUCAUAAGAAACCAAUUACGAGAGUGCAGAGCUGGUCAGCAGAUGCCGACAAGCCUCUGGCUGCUGCUAAUGGCAUAUCAUGCCGGAUACAGCUUGCUGAACCGCAUGUCUAUGUCUAUGGACUCAACCCUGCGAACCGCGAUAUUGCCGCCCUUCAAUUCCCUCCUGCAAUUAUUCGCGGAAAACUUAUACUGAAGGUCGAAAAACCUACGAAACUUAAGGCGGUGACCCUGAACUUUUUUGGGCAACAGCGAACAGAGUGGCCCGAGUCAUUUCCUCCGAAUUAUGUGGAGCACCACGACGAGAAAAGACUCGAAUAUCAGGUCCUGCCAUUUUUCAAUGCUUUACUCCCCAAUGAAGAUGACGGAUACGGGGCGCAGUGCAGUUAUGUUAUUGAAAAUCGUGGGCCGACGACAACAUCACUCAGAAUAGAUCCAGCGCUAUCCGAAGCUCUGACUAAAGUCAUGAACGGAUCUAAGAAAAGACCAGUGUUAACAGCUCGCGAACAGAAGACCCUACAGAAGCGCCUACCGUGUAGCUCCGUUCGUUCUAACAGCUUCGGAAAUGAGCAAUCAUCUAGGGCGCCCACGAGGCGAAUGGGAUCUGCGUCGCAAACGGGAUAUAAGAUAUUCCCCCCAGGAGUAUAUGAAUAUUCCUUUGAGAUUACACUUGAUCAUAGAUGCCCAGAAACCAUGAAUCUGCCCAUGGGCAGUGUACAUUGGAGAUUGGAAUCUCUUGUUGAGCGACACGGGACCUUCAAGACAAACCUGCGUGGCAAACAAGAAGUCCUUGUGGUGAGGGCUCCACAAGUCAACGCUGAAGACCAGUUAUUAGAGCCAAUUGAUUUUACCCAGAACUACGACGAAGUUCUCUGUAACACAUUAAUACAAGGACGUGCAUUUCCGAUUGGAGGCAAGUUGUCAGUCGUCUUCACGUUUACGCCCCUCGAGAAGGUUGAGGUACGUGGAGUCUGGAUUUCUAUCGUCGAAGAUACCAAAUAUUAUUGCCGUGACGGAUUGCACCGUAAGGAAGGUACGAAAAGGGAAGUUAGGGUGUUUGAGAAGCAGGCGGGGCAACCAACCCCAGAAGAAUACGAAAGGGUCGAUGUCAGAUUUUUACAGGGCGGAGAACUUAGUCCCGAGCGAAGGGUACAGGCAAGAGCUCAGGCAGAGUCAUUGCGAAAUCAGGUGUCUAUCGCCACCGGGGUUGCUCCUGAGCCAUUGCCAGAGGCUGGUGACAAUCUUCUCGGAGAUCUCGACCUCGGACUUGAUCAUUUUAUUAGCCAGACCGUGAUGGAGGUUGAUCUUCAACUCCCCACUUGCGAACAAAUGCGCAAAAGCACGUCAAAGAUACUUCAUCCAAGCUCAAGUUUUACAUCUAGCCAUGUCGAGCACUUCGCCAAGUUUUAUCUACGCUUAGCAAGACUCCAAACCGACGAAUCAGGAGUUCCAAGAAAGGUGGAAUUUACUAAAGGGUUUGCUGUUGGCAUCACGAUUUUGUCAUGCUUAGCAACACUUGAUCGUACCACGCUCCCGAUAUAUAGUGACAACUCCAACCCCGGGGCUCCCAGCCAGACCGCCGAGUGUGGCUGCCCGAACGCAAACACUAUUAACAGUUCCUCCUUGGCGACAGCCUCUCGCAACGACCUUUUGACGGGAUUUAGUAACAUUGGCGGUUCAAAUCCCUCUGUUCUACCAUCAUGGCCUGGAGACAAUACAACUCCUCGCAUACGGCCCAUACAGAUGAUGAGAUACCCUAGCUACGCGCCCCCACCAUUCGAUGCCGACCAGCCCCCACCAUCCAUCACUUCCCCACCACCGAACUACGAUAAUGUCGUCGGCACUCCCAGCCAUGAUGGGCUCACAGACUAUUUUUCAAGGAUGGCAAACACGUACGACGAGAGUCAAGGCGAGGAUGAAGACGAGGACGAGGACGAUGCGGAAAGCGAGAGUGACACUGGGAGCGAAAGCAAAAUACGUCGGAAUACUAGCCGCAACGGUCGCGUCUGUAUAUCGAAUCCCAGGUCGCCGGGUCCGCGAGUACGGAGCAACAGUAUGGGGCUCAUGUAUAGGCGGGAGCUGGUUGACGCUAUGCAGGAAACCCAGACGGGAAGCGGAGCUAUUGAGCAGCCUGGGGGGUCCCAGCCUGAAGACAACACAAGCCGAGUUUGAUUGAAAUUACUUUGAUGAUUAGCGUGGCGUCGGGGGCGAUGAUUGUUGGUGUUUUGCAUACUAAGCGUUUGUUUAGCAGCACAGCGAAUGGUUUCUAUUAUGUCUAUCUUUCGGGGAGCAAGGGAGUUGUACUAUCAUUACUAUACCGUAUUGUCAGGAACUGAUGAUACAUAGCGUUUUGUUUUUGUCUUUAUCAUCCCAGCCAGAGGGGGCUGUCUUGGAGUUUGGGAAUGCUACCUCUUAUGCGGAUGACAGUUUUAUAAAUAAUUCAAAUAGAAACCAUUGGCAUCAUACUCAUUAUAUUCUACUGUGAUUGUAACCAAACCCAUUCACAAUUAAAACUCGAGUUGAAUUGUUU